AGGUAAGGACCAAAGCACCACGCCUACCUCAUCCUUGCCCACAGAACACCCAUUCUUCCCGUGUCCUGUUUCCCAGGACGUAUUCUGGGCGGAUAAGAAGUCACCCGUGGGGAGGCGGUGAAUGAACUCCUCCGCAGGGGCCCAUGCCCGGGAGAGGGGCGGGGAAGGAUGAUGGGGCCACUCGUGCCGGGAGGGGGCAAGGAGGGGCCCAGGUGUCCCGCUCCCGCGCGACCGCGCGCGCCUGCGCAAGCCCGGCUCACGUCGCGCCCGUGAGCGCAGCAUCCCUAAGCCCGCGAGUCCCAGCGCUGGGGAGGGAGGAGGGGCGGCCGGCCCCCCGCCCCCGCGCGCGGCCACGUGACGCCGGCGGAGGAGAUUGGAGGGGCGGCGGCGCGAGGCGGCAGACUGGUGCAGCGCACUGUGCUGGCUGCUGGGCCUCCACCACCUCCUCUUCCUUCUCCCGGGAACCUUGACGACGCCUGCUGCUCGGCGCUGCUAGUAGACGCCGCUGCCGCCGCAUCCCCGCCGCCGCGGCGCCUCGAGGAGGAGGAGAAGACGCAGCCGGGCCGCCGCCGUUAGAGGGGUUCCCUGGCCGCCGCUAGUCCCGUCGGCCGCCACCGCCUCCGGAGUCAGCCCUCUCUCGGGGUCUCCUCUUUCUUUUGCCGCCAGCGCCAGCUCAUCGCCGCGAUGGGGCUCCUGGACUCGGAGCCGGGUAGUGUCCUAAACGUAGUGUCCACGGCACUCAACGACACGGUGGAGUUCUACCGCUGGACCUGGUCCAUCGCAGAUAAGCGUGUGGAAAAUUGGCCUCUGAUGCAGUCUCCUUGGCCUACACUAAGUAUAAGCACUCUUUAUCUCCUGUUUGUGUGGCUGGGUCCAAAGUGGAUGAAGGACCGAGAACCUUUUCAGAUGCGUCUAGUGCUCAUUAUCUAUAAUUUUGGGAUGGUUUUGCUUAACUUUUUUAUCUUCAGAGAGUUAUUCAUGGGAUCAUAUAAUGCGGGAUAUAGCUAUAUUUGCCAGAGUGUGGAUUAUUCUAAUAAUGUUAAUGAAGUCAGGAUAGCUGCUGCUCUGUGGUGGUACUUUGUUUCUAAAGGAGUUGAGUAUUUGGACACAGUGUUUUUUAUUCUGAGAAAGAAAAACAACCAGGUUUCUUUCCUUCAUGUGUAUCAUCACUGUACGAUGUUUACCUUGUGGUGGAUUGGAAUUAAGUGGGUUGCAGGAGGACAAGCAUUUUUUGGAGCCCAGAUGAAUUCCUUUAUCCAUGUGAUUAUGUACUCAUACUAUGGGUUAGCUGCAUUUGGCCCAUGGAUUCAGAAAUAUCUUUGGUGGAAACGAUACCUGACUAUGUUGCAACUGGUUCAAUUCCAUGUGACCAUUGGGCACACAGCACUGUCUCUUUACACUGACUGCCCCUUCCCCAAAUGGAUGCACUGGGCUCUAAUUGCCUACGCAAUCAGCUUCAUAUUUCUCUUUCUUAACUUCUACAUUCGGACAUACAAAGAGCCUAAGAAACCAAAAACUGGAAAAACAGCCAUGAAUGGUAUUUCAGCAAAUGGUGUGAGCAAAUCAGAAAAACAACUCGUGAUAGAAAAUGGAAAAAAGCAGAAAAAUGGAAAAGCAAAAGGAGAUUAAAUUGAACUGGGCCUUAACUGUUGUUGACAGUGAGGAAAAACUCCCAUGUCAUAUAAAAUUUCAGGGAAAACAGAAGCAAAGGAGAGCUUGGGGGUGGGGAGAAAAGACAAAUGUGCUCUAUGUCCUAGUAACUCUUAGACCGAGUAAAGUGUUAAUACCAUACCCAGAUGUUUUAUUUAUGAAGUUUUUAUUUUAAACAUUUUUUUAAAAAUUAGCCUUGAUAUUCUGCAGACCAAAGCAAUCAUUAUGUGACUUUGGAGAUUCUCCCCCUGUUCACAUCAUCCAGUUGUCUACAGGAUGAGAUUUUUCAUGUGUAUCUUACAGUCAUUCAUUCUUCGGUCUGAAUUUUAGACGAUCACAGAAACAGUCUUUAUGAAUUAUUUUGACAAAUUACUAAUUAUCUUAUCUACUGACUGAAAUCAGUGGUGUUACAUUUUCUUGUCCAAAGCUGGAAAUGUGUAUACAUUUAACUUGCACAUUUGAAUUCAUUUGCUGACCAGAAUGGUCAAAUCUCUCCACCUCUAGUCAGACUGUACUUUUGGUUGUAAUUAAAUUUUUAAAAUCUGAUCUCUGUAGAAUCUUAGAGGCUUGAUGAUGAUGGUGUUGGUGAAAAUAAGAAAGAAUUGCAGUAAAGUCUUGUCUGGUGACUCAGAGAUCACCAUGACUCGCACAAAUCACUGUGGGGAAAUGAUUUUUUGUGAUGAAAAGGCAGCAUUUGAAUACUCCUGUUACUAGCUGAAAUAUAUAAAAAUUCAAAUUAUUGUCUGUUUGAAACAUGAAACAACUCAUGUGUUUAUUAGUAACAUCAUAAGAUAGUUACAUUUAUGUGCUGUUAGAAUAUGUUGAUUUUUAUCAGGCUUUCCUUGUUUUGAUUUAUGGCUGUUACUGAUUUUUCAUAUGUGGAAAUAUACCUACCUCUUCUGUUGGAAAGAACAUUUAAAAUUAAAUAAAUUUUAAUUAAAAAAUCAAGGAGUCUUCUAAUGUAAAUUUUAAUAUUAACUUUCAAAUCCACUAGUGUUGUUUUUUGCUUUUAUGACAAAUAGCAUACACCAAACAUUUCUGUGAAACUAUUCUUCUCUUUCAAUGUGUUUAAUUUUGGAGUAACGUUUUCCUUGUGACUAAGUUGCAAGAUCUUAUUUAUUAACUAGGUAUGAAGUAUAAACCCAUUUUGGUGCAAUAUUCUUGACUCCUUGGUGCUAAAGAUUGUUAAAUUCAAUGCUUAAUAUUACAAGGUGUUGUUAAAACACAAAAUGAAUAAAAGUGAGAGUAGUCAGAACUAUGACAUUCAAUUUGCUAUUUACAGAUGAAGUAUUUCAUGUAAUAUAAGUGAACAACUGGAAAUAAAAUAGGAAAGAAUUUGUACCAUGUCUUACUACAUAGGUUAAUUUUUUAAGGGAUGUUGCAAAGGGAUUACUAGAGAAAGACAAAAUGUGACCAAAAAAAGCAUGAAUAUCUCUGAGUAUCAACAACAUGUCAAAGCUGCAUGUGAAGGAUGUAUGCUGUUUGUACAAAUUAUUUCCGAAUAUUUUGUAAGCUAUAACAUAUUUAUUGUGCAUUAAAAUUAAACACUUUUUCCCCAAAGGCAUGCAGUCAUGAGAAUUACAGAAAAUUUGCAACAUAUAAAGUAGUUUGAUCUAAGAGGAUUCAACACCUUUGUUUUGUUGCUCAGUGUGUAAUGACUAGAGAUUUGUAAAUCUUUGUGAACAUUCUGUGCUGGUUCCCAAGAACUAUUCAUUCCCUGCUACCUGAUUUCAGCACAAUAAAUAUACUUCUGCUAUGGAAAAAA